AUGGUGUCGUGUGUGGUGACGCUGUCGGGACGGGUGUCGCAGGGACAAAGGGCGCGGCCAGAAGGGUGCGACGGGCAGCCGAGAGCAGCGCUGGCAGGCAGCGGGAGACGGGAUGAGCAUGCGCCAGAGACAAAGAGAGAGGUCGUAUGCGCAGGUGGAAACGAAGGGGAUAUGCGAGAGAGCGAGGUGACGGUGGUGUGCGGAGGGUGGGCAGAAAACAGGCGUCGACUCAGGCCAGCGAUGGUGGUAGGCAGAGGGGCUUUUUGGGCGCAGACGCGGACUCGAGCUGGGAGCGACGGCGAGCCUGGGCGAUCCGCGCUGUCGAAGCGGCCUGGGGGGUGGGACGCUUAA